CUAUCUCGUAAAAUUUAUAAUGAAACCCUACAUUAAUCAUGCCCUUUUUCUUUCGCGUCGAGCCCUAAAAUCACUUGCUCAAUUCCUGGCUAAAGUUUGACUCUUUCUCCCAAAGAAACAAAAAUUAGCUCAGUUCAAACGCAGAGGUCGGCUUCCAAUCCAAUUUCGGUUUCACCUUUCGGUAAUUCAAAAGUGAGUAUUUAUAAAAUACUGGAUUUGGGCUUGUCCGAUUUGUUACAAGGGGCUGCUUAAUCUUUUGAGGAGAGAUACAAGUAUAAAUCUGCAAAGAUGAUGUCAAGAUCUUAUACAAAUCUUUUAGAUUUAGCAUCUGGGAAUUUUCCAGUGAUGGGUCGGGAGAAGGAGCGCAAGCGUUUCCCUAGGGUAAUGACAGUCCCAGGUAAUAUUGUUGAGCUUGAUGAUGAGCAAGCUAACAGUGUUACAUCCGAGAACCCAUCUUCAGUAGCUGGUGAUCGAAUGAUCAUUGUUGCAAACCUUUUGCCUUUGAAGGCAAAACGAAGGCCGGACAAUAAAGGUUGGAGUUUUAGUUGGAAUGAAGAUUCAUUGCUCCUAAGAGUUAAGGAUGGCUUGCCAGAGGACAUGGAACUUCUUUAUGUUGGAUCAUUACCUGUUGAUGUUGAUCCUAUUGAACAGGAUGAUGUGGCCAGUUAUCUACUGGAGAAAUUUAAAUGUGUCCCUGCCUUCUUGCCGCCUAAUCUUUUGGCAAAAUAUUACCAUGGCUUUUGCAAGAAGCAGCUGUGGCCACUUUUUCAUUACAUGUUGCCAUUUUCUGGUGAUCAUGGAGGUAGAUUUGAUAGGUCCAUGUGGGAAGCCUAUGUGUCUGCCAAUAAGAUGUUCUCGCAGAAAGUAAUUGAGGUGCUAAACCCGGAGGAAGAUUUCGUUUGGAUUCAUGACUAUCAUCUGAUGGUUUUGCCCACAUUCCUGAGGAGGCGUUUUGUUCGCCUGAGAAUGGGGUUUUUCCUCCACAGUCCAUUCCCUUCUUCUGAGAUUUACAGAUCACUUCCUGUCAGAGAAGAAAUUCUCAAAGCCUUGCUCAACUCUGACCUCAUUGGUUUCCACACCUUUGAUUAUGCACGGCACUUCCUCUCCUGCUGCAGUCGGAUGUUGGGCUUGGAGUAUCAGUCAAAGAGGGGAUACAUUGGGCUGGAAUAUUAUGGAAGGACAGUCGGGAUAAAGAUUAUGCCUGUUGGGAUACAUAUGGGCCAUAUUGAGUCUGUGAUUAGGCAAGCAGAUAAAGAGCUGAAGGUCGAGGAGCUGAAGAGGCAAUUUGAAGGUAAAACGGUGCUGCUUGGAGUUGAUGAUAUGGACAUAUUCAAAGGCAUCAACUUGAAACUCUUGGCUUUUGAGAACAUGCUGAGGCAGCAUCCGAAUUGGCAGGGAAGGGCUGUGCUGGUGCAAAUUGCUAACCCUGCUAGAGGUAAAGGGAUAGAAUUGGAGGAAAUAGAGUCUGAAAUAGAGGAGACAUGCAAGAAAGUAAAUAAGGAAUUCGGGUCACCUGGGUAUGAGCCUAUAGUUUUUAUUCACCGUCCUAUAUCGAUCAGUGAGCGAAUGGCUUAUUACACGAUUGCUGAAUGUGUUGUGGUGACAGCUGUGAGGGAUGGGAUGAACUUGACUCCUUACGAAUACAUCAUAUGCAGACAAGGAGUAUCUGGUGUCGAGACAGGGUCAGAUUUGGCUGGCCCCAAGAAAAGCAUGUUAGUUGUGUCUGAAUUCAUCGGGUGCUCUCCUUCACUGAGUGGCGCAAUUCGUGUUAACCCUUGGAAUGUGGAGUCAACUGCUGAGGCCAUGAAUGAGUCGAUAUCGAUGGCCGAGUCAGAGAAGGAGCUUCGGCAUGAGAAGCAUUACCGUUAUGUGAGCACGCAUGAUGUGGCGUUUUGGUCUAGAAGCUUCCUGCAGGAUAUGGAGAGAACUUGUGCUGAUCAUUUUAGGAAAAGAUGUUGGGGCAUUGGUCUGGGAUUUGGGUUUCGAGUUGUGGCGCUUGAUCCUAAUUUUAGAAAGCUCUCCAUAGAUGAUAUUGUUUCUGCUUACUGUAGGUCCAAGAGCAGGGCUAUACUAUUGGAUUAUGAUGGCACCUUGAUGCCUCAGAAUCAAAUUGUUAAGACCCCAAGCCCACAAGUUCUUUCUCUCUUGAACAGUCUAUGUGGGGAUCCAAAGAAUAUAGUUUUUAUGGUGAGUGGAAGGGGGAGGGAUUGCUUGAACAAGUGGUUUCAUCCUUGUAAGAAGCUGGGACUUGCUGCUGAACAUGGUUACUUCAUAAGGUGGCCACAGCAUGAAGAAUGGGAAACAUAUGGGCAGAGUUCCGAAUUCGGUUGGAUGCAAAUGGCAGAACCUGUCAUGAAAUCAUACACUGAGGCUACUGAUGGUUCAGGAAUUGAGAGGAAGGAAAGUGCCUUAGUCUGGCAUUAUAACGAUGCCGACCCAGGGUUCGGUUUUUCUCAGGCAAAAGAAAUGUUGGAUCAUUUGGAGAGUGUUUUAGCAAAUGAGCCUGUUGCUGUGAAGAGUGGGCAGUUUAUUGUCGAGGUCAAGCCUCAGGGUGUUAGCAAAGGCAUAGUUGCAGAAAAGGUUUUUACAUCAAUGACAGAGAAGGGAAAACAGGCUGAUUUUGUCCUCUGCAUAGGUGACGACCGAUCAGAUGAGGAUAUGUUUGAGCUGAUUGGUAGUGCAGUGUCUAGGCACAUCCUUUCUUACAACACUGAAGUAUUUGGGUGCACAGUGGGGCAAAAACCGAGCAAAGCUAAGUACUAUCUGGAUGAUUCUUCCGAAGUUGUAGCAAUGCUCGAGUCUCUUGCCGAAGCUACUGAUUCCCCAGCAACUUCAGAUGAGGAGGAAGCUGCUGCUGCUGCUGCCUCUCCAAGGGAAAUCGGUCAUGUUUCUUCUUUUGUUUGAGCUUUUGCUUAUAUGGAUGUUAGGUUUUAGGUAACUAGAGAAUGGAAAAUGAUGUAAUCUUCUUUCUCUCUUUUUUUUUUUUAUUUUCCUCUCAUUGUUAUUCUUAUAUCAACCUUGCUCAUUAGCCUUAUUAGGCCUUUCCUGGGUGAAAUUUGGUUUGCAUUGGACUUAUGGUGAAAUUCUUUGGGUGUGUGGGACAAAACCACAUUUACGUUAUGCGGUUUCCGAAGGAUGCCAUAUGACUGAUGAUCCAACUCAGAGGCGACCAAAAGCUAUUGUUUGCUCUUGGAUUUUUAUAUUUCAGCAUUAUUGGCAACGUGAAGGAGUGCAAAUAAACCAAGAGAAAGUGUUUUCCUCGACAGUAAAUGAAUGCAUCAUUGUGGAAUGAUCCUUGGCAUGAUUUGGUUGCAAGAAGUGGAAUAUGUGUAGAAGAUGGGAACUGAGUUUCUGUUUGGAUUAGUUCCUGUGUAAAGGUUGGUAUGAGCUGUUCUCUCAGUUUGUUCAUUUUCAUUGUUUCCUUUGGGGCAUUCCCUAUUAAAAUUUAUGUGAAUAUUGGUUGUUGAAUUUAUGCAAUAAUUUGUUUGAUUUGAUGAGUGUUUUUGUUGAAUACGUGAUGAGUCUUCGCCAUUGCCAGUUCUGGAUAUAUUGACCGUUACCUUGAUUAUUGAUAUUGAGUAUUGAGUUUGAAUGUCAUGUCGGUCUUGGAUUGGAGGAAUGUUAUUCGUG